AUGGAUGGAAAUUUCACAUGCAAUUUCAGAUAUGCAAUUGGACUGCUAAAUGUUGAAAAGGUUAUCAAAGCUUGUCCUUCUCUAGAGUCAAUAUCAAUCACCAUUCCAUGCCGGAAUGGUCACUGGGAUCGAUUUCCUCAAUUUACAAUCCGGUUGAAAGGUUUAUUGAAACCUCUUCCUCGACUUCAACAUUUAACAUUAUGCGGUUACGCAGAGAGCACCAGGAUUCCGGGUGAAUUUCUGAUUGAAGUUAUCAAAGAAUUACCGUCUCUUGUAUCAUUGGAUAUUUCCCGUUUCAACUUCUCUGAAACAUCGACUGUGGAAGAGUCUUUCGGAUGGAACUUAUCCCGGCAUCAAAACAUUCGAAAACUGAGUCUCAGAGAUCUCACAUUAAAGGAUCAAACUUGGGAUUUAAACUGUUGGGUCGAACAACUUACGACGCUUGAACUUCGAUGCUGUAGACCAAUAAAUCUUCGCACAUUACACCGCCUACUUAGUGGAUCUGCACCAUCUCUUACUAAACUUUGCAUUCAGUUUGAGGGAAUCGAUGAUGGAUAUCCGCCUGCAGAUUUUACUGAACAGUUUAUUCUCCCAGCUCUCAAAGAACUCAUUAUGCCUGAUCAUUGCAAUGCUAAUCCACUAGCCAACUUUGAAGAUUGUAAAAAGUUGGAAGUAUUGGAAUGUGGUCAUAUUCUGGAUGAUGAACUAUGCAAAACGAUGAAACAUCACCUUUCGUUAGCUACCUGGCCCAAGAUUUCCACUUUACGUCUUUGUCAUUCAAGUUGGUAUAAUUCAGUGACUCAAGCUCGAGCCAAGAGGGAGGUGGAACACAUUCAGAAAAUAUCCAGCAUUGAUGUCUUUAUCAGCAAGAACCCUUAUCGUUGUGGUCAAAAUCGUUUUUCUGUUGUUCAAUGA